UUUAAAAAUAUAUUUUGUUUUUUUAUUUUUUUUUAUACAUUUAUUUAUUUUUAAAAAUAUAAGCUAAAAUGUCGUCUUCGGCGGAUACACAAAUUAUUCCUGAUGUGAUCAUCGAUACCAAUUCAAAAGUCAGCUAUACAAAAGGUCGUUAUUUUGGCAAGGUUGGAUUUGCAAAAUGUUACGAAAUAACCGACAACCAAACAAAACAAGUAUACGCUGGAAAAAUGGUAUCGAAGAAAUUAAUGAUGAAACAUAAUCAGAAGGAUAAAAUGACUCAAGAAAUCACCAUUCACAGGUCCUUGAACCAUAAACAUGUGGUAGGCUUUCAUGGCUUCUUUGAGGACACUCACAACGUUUAUAUUAUUUUAGAGCUAUGUAGAAGACGGUCAAUGAUGGAGUUACAUAAACGUCGAAAAACCUUAACAGAACCAGAAACACGAUUUUAUUUACAUCAAAUAUUAGAUGGCGUUAAUUAUUUACAUACGAAGCGAAUUAUUCAUCGUGAUCUAAAAUUGGGUAACAUCUUUUUAAACGAUGAGUUAAAUGUGAAAAUCGGUGAUUUUGGUUUGGCAACGCGCGUUGAAUUCAACGGUGAACGGAAGAAAACGUUGUGUGGCACACCCAAUUAUAUUGCACCGGAAAUUUUAAAUAAAAAGGGACAUUCGUUUGAAGUGGAUGUAUGGUCGAUUGGUUGCAUUAUGUACACUUUGUUGAUGGGAAAACCACCAUUUGAAACUGGAACACUUAGGGAAACUUACUCGAAAAUUAAGAAAUGUGAUUAUAGAAUACCCAAAGAUUUGAGCACACCAGCUGUAAACAUGAUUGUAAAGAUGCUUCAAACCGAUCCACAACGUCGACCAACCGUAGCCGAUUUACUAAAUCAUGAAUUCUUUACACAUGGUUACAUGCCAUCAUGCUUGCCAGCCAGUUGUCUUACAAUGGCCCCACGAUUCGAUCACAUCGAGGCACAACACAAACAAGCGUUGGCACGUCGACCACUGGGUGAAAUGAACAAUGCCGAACAUCAAAUGAUUGUGGAUUCACCACGAAAACCAAUGCAAAACAAUUCAAUUACAUCGAAUGGUCGACCGAUUGAAUCGUCCGAAGAUUACCAGAAGAAUCUACGUGCGUUGAAAGAACAAUUAACAAAGUUGUUGUUAACAAAACCAGGUCGUGAACAUGGCAACUUUGGUGAUGACAUGACAGAUCCAGCUGCGCAACCAGUCGUCUGGGUAUCCAAAUGGGUUGAUUAUUCUGAUAAAUAUGGUUUUGGGUAUCAGUUGUGCGACGAAGGUGUUGGAGUUAUGUACAACGAUACCACUAAAUUAAUUAUGUUGGCCAAUGGAUUGAAUGUUCAUUACAUUGGUAAAGAUGGCGUUGAACAUUACAUGACGGUGGACGAUUAUCCAGCAUAUUUGGAGAAGAAAAUGAAAUUAUUAUCAUAUUUCCAUCGAUACAUGCGUGAACAUUUAAUGAAAGCUGGAGCACAGAUCAAAGUUAAGGAGUCUGAUUCAUUGUCACGAAUACCACAUUUACAUCAAUGGUGUCGCACUGGAUCCGCUGUAGUUAUGCAUCUCACCAAUGGAACUGUUCAGGUGAAUUUCUUGGAUCAUACAAAAAUAAUAAUGUGUCCAUUAAUGUCAGCCGUCACAUACAUCGAUAAUGAAAAGAACUUCCGUACGUAUCGAUUCCAAACCAUCGAGGAGCAUGGAUGUAGCAUUGAUUUAGCACGUAAUUUACGUUACGCCCUUGAGAAAAUUAAUAAUUUACUUAGCAAAUGAAGAAUC